AUGCCUCGUGACGGCUGCCUCCAGCUGCCAGCAGUGACCUGUGUGCUGCUGCUGGUGACAACAGCCUUUGCCAUGGAGUGCCCCAAGAUCAAGGUGGGGACGUGCAAGGACUGCAUUCAGUCUGGUCCUGGCUGUGCCUGGUGCAAGAAGCUGAAUUUCACCAAAGCCGGCGAGCCUGACUCCAUCCGCUGUGACACCAUUGAGCGGCUGAAGCAGAGGGGAUGCCCAGGCAGUGAGAUUGAGUUUCCAGGCAAUGAGAUCAAAAAAACACAGGACAAGCCCUUAAGCAGUGAAACGCAGCUGACUCCACAGGAGGUGCACCUGAAGCUGAGAAUAGGCCAGCCUGCUGUGUUUGAGGUGAAGUUUCGCCGUGCCAUGGGGUAUCCCAUUGAUCUCUACUACCUCAUGGACCUCUCCUACUCCAUGCUGGAUGACCUGGAGAACGUGAAGAAGCUGGGAGGGGAGCUGCUCAGGGCUCUGGAGAGCACCACGCCUUCUCGGCGCAUUGGGUUUGGCUCUUUUGUGGACAAGACAGUGCUGCCAUUUGUGAACACGCACCCCGAGAAGCUGCGGAACCCCUGCCCCAAUAAGAACACCAAGUGCCAGCCUCCCUUCGCCUUCAAGCACAUCCUGUCGCUGACGGACAACGCCCAGCAGUUUGAGAGUGAAGUGGGCAAGCAGUUCAUCUCAGGGAACCUGGAUGCCCCAGAGGGAGGGCUGGAUGCCAUGAUGCAGGCAGCAGUGUGCGGGGACCAGAUUGGCUGGCGCAACGUGACCCGCUUGCUGGUGUUUGCUACUGAUGAUGGAUUCCACUUUGCUGGGGAUGGCAAGCUUGCGGGCAUCCUGACCCCCAACGAUGGCAAGUGCCACUUGGAGGACAACAUGUACAAAAGGAGCAACGAGUUUGACUACCCAUCUGUUGGCCAGCUGGUCCAGAAACUUGCCGAAAACAACAUUCAGCCCAUUUUUGCUGUCACCAGUAGGGUGGUGGAUGUUUACAAGAAACUCAGUGAGAUGAUCCCAAAGUCAGCAGUGGGGGAGCUGAACGAGGACUCCAGCAACAUCAUUGAGCUCAUCCAAGUGGCCUACAAUAACCUCUCCUCACGGAUCAUCUUGGACCAUUCCACCUUGCUGGACACUCUGGAUGUCAAAUAUGACUCCAAAUGCAAAAAUGACAAGGACUCCAUGGAUGAAGCAAGAGGCAAAUGCGACAAUGUCAAGAUCAAUGAAGAGGUCACCUUCAAAGUGAAGGUCACAGCCAAGGUGUGCAUUCCAAACUAUUCCUUCACCAUCCGGCCCCUGGGCUUCACAGACACCCUCACUGUCCACGUGGCCAGCAACUGUGACUGCCACUGCAACGACAAGCCUGACCCAACUGCUUGCAGUGGGCAAGGCAGCAUCGAAUGUGGGACCUGCAGCUGCAACUCAAGGUACACAGGGAAGAACUGCGAGUGCGACACCAAAGGGAAGAGCAGCAAGGAGCUGGAGAGCAGCUGCCGCGGGGACAACAGCUCGGUGAUCUGCUCGGGGCAGGGGGACUGCGUGUGCGGGCAGUGCGUGUGCCACACCAGUGACAUGCCUGGCAAGUACAUCUACGGCACCUUCUGCCAGUGUGACAACAUGAACUGCGAGUUCUUCAAUGGCUCCCUCUGCGGCGGCCCAGCACGCGGGCAAUGCGACUGUGGGGCGUGCAAGUGCCAGCCUGGCUAUGAGGGCAGCGCCUGCCAGUGCCAGCAAUCCACGGAGAACUGCCUCAACGCCCACAGACAUGUGUGCAGCCUCCGCGGGACCUGCCACUGCAACCGCUGCCAGUGCACGGGGGGGUACCAGCCCCCCUUCUGCCAGGAGUGCCCAGGCUGCCCCUCUCCCUGUGGCAGAUACAUUUCCUGUGUGGAGUGCAAGUUCUUCGGCAGUGGCCCCUUUGAGAAGAACUGCUCCCAGGCCUGUGCCAACAUCCAGCUGUCCGCAAACUCAACAAAGGGGAGCACAAAUGAUAGGAAAUGCAGGGAAAAGGAUUCCCAGAACUGCUGGAUGUCCUUCCAUAUGGUCCAGGAGGAUGGCGAGGAGAUAUAUACCAUCACCGUUAAUCCUGAGAGAGAGUGCCCACAGCCUCCCAAUGUUCCACUGAUCGUGGGAGGCACCAUCGCUGGCGUGCUCCUCAUUGGCAUUCUGGUCCUGGUCAUCUGGCGGUUCCUGAUGGAGCUGCUUGACCGCCGGGAAUACCGCCGGUUUGAGAAGGAGAAGACCAAAGCCAAGUGGAAUGAUGCUGAUAAUCCCCUCUUCAAAAGUGCCACCACCACUGUCGUCAAUCCCAGGUUUAAUGAAUGAGGCAAUACCUGGCAGCACUGGGAAAUGCCGAGCUAAGGAAAGCUCAAACUAAGGAAAACUUAAACUAAGGCUCCC